AUGACUCCGUCAUACAAUAGAAAUGCGGAGACAUCUGACGUGGAGCUCUCGCAAUGGCAGGUUCUACAGGAGAAAAUGAACACGUGCAGCACAGAGCCAGUCCUGCCGGAUGCUGAGGUGAACAAGCUGCUGAAGUCAAUCACCCGGUUCGCCUUCAAGCUGAUGAACUGGGUGGACCUGGCGGCCAUUGCGCCCUUCCUCGUGGAGCUAGCGGUGGCGGGGCCGGAUAAUGAACAAAACGCCUCUCAGACACGGAUAUUCCGGUUGAUUCGUUUGAUCCGGAUUCUGCGGCUGCUGAGGGCUAGCUCCAGGUUCCGAAACCUUCAGUUGGUAGUUGACGCCCUAUCUGCCAGCCUGGAUGUGAUCGGCAUGUUGGUGGUGGUGUUGGGGGUGCUGCUGGUGGUGGCCGGUACGGUGGUGUAUUACGUGGAGGGUGCCUUGGUGAAGGACACGUGGUUCGACUCCAUACCGCUGACCAUGUACUACAUGCACGGAGCCGACCCUUGGGUCGGUGAUCGGCUGCUGUGCCGCUCCGCCCUGCACAUCGCCGCCCUGCACAACCAGCCCGACUGCCUAGAGGCCAUCCUCACCAGCCCCUUCGUGGAGUUCACUGGCAAAGUGCGCAGUCGGGAGUGCAAGCUGGUGGACUACCCAAACAGCUCAGGUUACACACCACUCCAUUACACCGCCGCUUCACGGUGCGCCGAACCGCCGUCCUGCUCUGCCGCCACGGCGCUAACCCAAUGCCAAGACCGCGGAAGCACGCCGCUGCACGCCGCCGCGCGCUUCCAAAACCUUGAGCUGGCCAUGAUCCUGCUGAAGCACUGGGACGAGAACCUUCGGCGGCUGGAUGUGACCGACCCACGGGUCGUGGAAAGCUACGACCACACCAAGCCGUACCAGAUGCCCGGCGUGAAGCCUAACAAGGCCCUGAUGCGGGUGCUGGAUCCUGGGACACCCAUCAAGGAGGUCAGCGAUCCGUUUGGAGAUGCAGCCGCCGCCGCCGCCAGGUUGCCGUACGAUGUGUCGUGCAGCAAGGUCGCGCCGAUGAAGAAACCCUCCGCCACGGCGCUAAAGCGCAGCUUUUCGCCGCAAGGGCAAGAGCCAGAACCUUUGACGCUGGACGGCGAUUGCAGACAGGAUGACGACAAGGUCCCGGCGGGCUGGGAAGAUGUCCUGUCUGGCAAGUCGGGCAUCGGAACCACGGGGAAGGCUGCUGGCGGGGACUUCAUCACCAUAUACCAGUGA